AUGCAGGCUGGCCGUCGCCCUCGCCCCCGUGCUUACGGAAGCCGGGCAGGGCAGCGCCGGCGCGUGGGGCUGCGGGCCCAGCCCCCGCAGUGCCGCCUCCGACACGGGAAGGCCAUCAGCGGCAGCCGGCCGCAGACACCGCCCCCGCAUUUUUCACGACGGCCACCGGAGGACGUGUCGCAGGGGUACCAGCUGCAGGUGCACAACGUGUUCUGCAUCCGCGGCAACGUGGCGGUGCUGACGUGCAACAUCCCGGCGCAGGUCCGCGGCCUACUCACCGUCACCAGCUGGCUCAAGGACGAACCCCUGCUCGGCAGAUCGGCACUUCACCCCGGCGGCAGGUACACUCCGACGACGGGCGGCACGCUGCACGUGCGCGACACGGCGCCAGAGGACACGUACUCCCGCUUCUACUGCCAGACGGUGCACCAACUCACGGGGGAGCGGCGCAUCAGCAUGCCGGGGCAGAUUAUUGUCACCGAGCCGGACGGCAACAUGCAGCCCCGCAUCGAGCACUCGGCGGCCAGCGUGGUGGCGCGCGCCGGCAGCCCGGCGGACCUGGUGUGUGCCGCCCAGGGCUUCCCCCCGCCCACAUACAGGUGGUUCCGGGAGACGGGAGGUGCGCUGACAGAGGUCCGCGCCCAGGGGCUGGUGCGCCCCCUGCACAGCGUGCUGCAGUUCCCGCGCGUGCAGCCGGAGGACUCUGCGCGCUACGUGUGCGUCGCCACCAACAGCGUGGGCGAGGGCCUGCACGUGGCUUGGCUCAAGGACGGUCGCCCGCUGGCGGAGGGCGCCGGCGUCAACGUGCUACACGGAGGGGAGGUGCUGGUCAUCGAGUCCGUGGGCAAACACGAUCGCGGCAUGUACCAGUGCGUCGCGCGCUCCGGCGACGAGAGCGCGCAGGGCAGCGCCGAGCUCACCCUCGGAGCGGUGGCGCCGGAGCUGCAGUGGACGUUCAUCGAGCAGACGCUGCAGCCGGGGCCCGGCGUGUCGCUGCGCUGCGUGGCCUCGGGCAACCCGCCGCCGCGCGUGCACUGGCUGCUGGACGGCGCCGAGCUGAGCCCGCGCGCGGGGCUCGUCAUGGGCAGCGCGCUCGACGCCCAGGGCGACGUGGUCGCGCAGCUCAACAUCUCGAGCGCGCGCGUCGCCCAUGGCGGCCUCUACACCUGCGUCGCACGCAACGACCUCGGCUCCGCCCAGCACUCCGCCACGCUCAACGUGUACGGCCCACCGAUGGCGCGCGCGCCGCGCAACCUGACGGCGGUGGCGGGCCGCGACGUGUACCUGCGCUGCCCGGUGGCGGGCUAUCCCAUCGCCAGCGUGUCGUGGCGGCGCGCGGGCGAGCAGCUGCCGUCCCACGUGCGCCAGCGCGCCUUCCCCAACGGCACGCUGCUGCUGCGCCAGGUGGAGGGCGCCUCGGACCGCGGGGAGUACUCCUGCACCGCCACCAACCAGCAGGGGCAGUCCGCGCAGGGCCGCCUCCACCUCGACGUCAUGAUGUGCAAUCAGGCUUAA